GAGCUUGUGUGCGAGUAUGUGUGACUACUUUGCUCUCUGGCUCUCUCCCACACACACUCACACAGAAGGCGCUUCUCACUCUCUCUCUCUCGGCCGGUAGCGCUAGCUGUCCCACUCUCGAUUUAUCAAUAAAAGCAGUGCGCUAGAGCGGCAUAGCCGCAUGUAGCAAGCGCGUGCGCCUCGUGCCAGUCGGCUGUCCAUGUGUGCGUGUGUAUUCGCAUUUUCAGUAAUUUCGAAAAAAAAAUUUUGUAUAUUUGAUGGCGACUCAGAAGAAACUCGCGCGUUUGUCGAAAAAUCGUAGCGCGUACGUAUAUAUCGGUGUGUAGAAAUUACUAAAAAUUGUGUUGCAACUUUUAACAAUCGUGUACAAUCUGUAUGUUGUAUAUGUUCAAUUUAAAUACAACAACAAUAGCAACAAAAUAAUGCGAUAUUAAGCAACAACAACAAACAAACAAACAAAACCGACCAGCUAAACUUGGCUAAACCAACAGCAACAAAAACAACAUCAACAUCCAGCAGCCAUAACAAAGCCAAAAUCAAGUCAUUCGGAUAUAUAUUCGCCCAUAAAAGUGGAUAAACAGUAACAGAACGUGUGGAUCUAAUCAAGAAAAAAGAACACAAGAAGAACGAAGAAAUCCAAAGUAAAAAUUUAUAGCCGUCUGUGCUGUGCUAGGAUUUUUUCCAAUAAUAAAGAAGGAUACAAAGCCACAAUGACUCCAGUAGCAGUUGUACUUGUAAAGUCCUUGGCCCUCGAAUCAGGUGAAGCCAGCCGAUUCCAAUGAGAGGAGCCUGGGCCCUGAGAAUCUGGAGCAGGCGAGUGCACAGACAUUGCUGAGCAUGAAGCAAUCACUACGGACCACUACACAAUAUUAUCCCUUGAACAAGAAGAGAUUUUUAACCAACACCAGAACAGGAGCACCAGGAUCAGGAGUUGAAAAAACGAUAGGCGGCGGAGGAUUACCAGGAGUAGGAGUCGCAGGAACAACAGGAGAAGGCGUUGUCAGUCGCAGGAGGAGGAGGUGGUCACCGGCCACAUAAGACCAGUUCCCCCCCUAAACCCACUUUAACCCCCCUACAUACCCUUAUACGAAGGAAUCGCUGGAUCGGAGGAUCAAAUCAGAGGACAAGGAGGAGACGGAGGCGGCCCGUGUGUGUGUGUGUGUGUGUGUGUAGGUGGAGUGUGUGUGUUGGCCGUCUCAGUCGGAUAACCAUCAACCCGGAUCCUUAAUCCCAAGACAUAAAUCGCAAACUGAACCACCACAAGAACCACCACCACCACCACCACCAUGUCGUCCAGUGAGCCACCGCCUCGUUACGAGCCACCCGUGGAGCCAGUCAAUGGCAUUGUACAGCCACCGGUGAUUCCGCCAGCGGAGCGGCCCGGCCGCAAUACGAACCAAUUGCAAUAUCUGAUCAAGACGGUGAUGAAGGUGAUAUGGAAGCACCACUUCUCGUGGCCCUUUCAACAGCCCGUCGAUGCCAAGAAGCUCAACCUGCCCGACUACCACAAGAUCAUCAAACAGCCCAUGGACAUGGGCACGAUCAAGAAGCGGCUGGAGAACAACUACUAUUGGUCCGCCAAGGAGACCAUACACGACUUCAAUACGAUGUUCAACAAUUGCUAUGUCUACAACAAGCCCGGCGAGGAUGUAGUUGUUAUGGCCCAGACCCUCGAGAAGGUCUUCCUGCAGAAAAUCGAAUCGAUGCCUAAGGAGGAGCUCGAACUGGAGCCGGUUACGGCCAAGGGAGGGAAAAAGAAGCAACGGGCGCCGGCUACGCCCAAGUCAUCGUCUAGUGGCGCUGGAGCAUCCACCGGUUCUGGUACAUCCUCGGCAGCAGUUACCAGCGGCCCAGGUAGUGGCUCCACCAAAGUGUCAACCGCUGCUUCAUCCGCGCAACAGUCCGGCCUGCAAGGAGCGACGGGUGCAGGCGGUGGAUCUUCAAGCACACCGGGAACUCAGACGGGUUCCGGUGCGGGAGGAGCGACCGCCGCCCGACCCGUAUCCGCCAUGGGCGGCACGGUUUCAUCGACGGCCGGCGGCGCACCGUCCAUACCACCGAUAAGCACAAUGCCACCGCACACGGUACCCGGCAGCACCAAUACGACGACGACAGCAUUGGCUGGCGGCGCUGGUGGGCCAGGUGCAGCUGCAGCCAAUCCCAAUGCUGCCGCCCUCAUGGCUAGUCUUCUAAGUGCGGGCCAAACGGGCGCCUAUCCCGGUGCCCCAGGCCAGACGGCGGUCAAUAGCUCCUCGCUUCUAGAUGGCAGUACAGCCGCAGUAGCGGCGGCAGCAGCAGCUGCGGCGGCGGCGGCGGCGGGAGGUGCAGUGGGAGCCGCUGGAGGAGGGACAAUACCAACAGUUGCCGUCAAUGCCGCCAACUCCGUUCAGGCCUAUGUGAAUGCGGGCGUGAGCGUCGGAGUGGACGCCGUGAUACCGCCUCAGCAGCCCGCCAAAAUAAAGAAGGGCGUCAAACGAAAGGCGGACACAACCACGCCGACGGCCAAUGCCUUUGAGUCCCCGUACGCGCAACUGGACUCCAAAUCGGCCAAGAUUGCGACGCGGCGGGAGUCAAAUCGUCAGGAUCUUACAUUCCAGGGCUCGGGAUACAAUAUGUCGCCGCUAGGCGUCUCCGGAGUGCCCGGACUUGGCGGUCUAGUUGCCGGCGGCGUGGCUGGUGUUGCGGUGGCCAAGAACAAGGAGAAGCUGUCGGAUGCGCUCAAGUCGUGCAACGAAAUCCUCAAGGAGCUCUUCUCGAAGAAGCACUCGGGUUAUGCUUGGCCGUUCUACAAGCCAGUGGACGCGGAAAUGCUUGGCCUGCAUGACUACCACGACAUUAUUAAGAAACCAAUGGAUCUGGGCACAGUCAAGCGGAAAAUGGACAAUCGCGAGUACAAGAGCGCGCCGGAAUUUGCCGCCGACGUGCGAUUAAUAUUCACCAACUGCUACAAGUACAAUCCGCCAGAUCACGAUGUUGUGGCCAUGGGUCGCAAGCUGCAGGACGUAUUUGAGAUGCGCUAUGCCAACAUCCCCGAUGAGCCGGUGGCCAAUGCGGCACACCAUCAUGGACAUGGCCACGGGCAUGGUCACGGCCACGGCCACAGUCACGGCCAUGGUCACGGACAUGGACAUGGUCAUGGAUACGGCGGCUCCUCCUCACUCAAGCACGAUGCCAGCGAUUCGUCCAGCGAGGACUCCAGCGACACCGAGAACGAAUCAAACUCGGAUGAGGAGCGCAGCGCUAAGUUGAAGAUGCUCGAGUCCAAGCUGCUCGGUCUGCAGGAAGAGAUCCGCAAGCUGUCAGAGGAGGCCUCCGCCAAAAAGAAGGCGAAGAAAAAACUCAAGGAAAAGAAGAAGUCAAUGGGCGGCGGAUCAGGCCCUGGUUCGGCCUCGCACCAUGGUCACGCCUCGGGCGGCGGUGCAAAUUCUGGCGGAGCAGGCGGUCCCGGAUCAGGCGGCCAUGGGAACGUUUCCGUGCCAGGCGGUGUCGGUGCCUUGGGUGCCGGUGGAGCGGGCGGCGCUAAUCUCAACGCGCUGCUCGGUGGUUCGUUGGUUGGCCAUGGCGGAGCGGCCGUCGCAGGUGGUGUUCCCAAUGUGGCUGCGUUGCACAGCCAGGUUCACGAAGUCGCCAUGGCCUUUAGCCAGCUGGCGGGCGGCGGUGCCGCGGCCGGUGCUGGCUUCGGUGCCGGUGUGACAGCAGCAGGAGCAUCGUCGGGCGGCAAGGCGGGCACCCUGGCCGGCGCUCUGGCAGCGGGCGCAGCGGCAGGAGCCGGCGGUACGACGGCUGGCAGCGGUAAAGGUGCUAAAAGCAAGGGUGGACGUGGCGCAAAGGGCGGCGGAGCCGGCGGCGUUGGAGCUAGCAAUAAUGCCGCUGCGGGCAAUGCGGCUGGUGGCGCAGCGGGAGGUGCAGCGGGCGCUGGAUCUGUUGGAGGUGUUAGCGGUGCAGGAGCAGCGGGCGGCGGCAAUGCCUCCAAGCGGGCCAAGGGCAGCAGUUCGGCGGGCGCUGGCGGUGGUGUUGGUGGCGCGAAUGCCAGCACCGGUGGUGCCGGUGCGCGCGGCAGCAGCAAGAAGAAACCUAGCCAGGUGAUGAACUUUGACUCCGAGGAGGAGGACACGGCCAAGCCAAUGUCGUACGACGAGAAGCGCCAGUUGUCGCUCGACAUCAACAAGUUGCCAGGUGACAAGCUGGGCCGUGUGGUUCACAUUAUCCAGAAUCGGGAGCCAUCGCUGCGUGACUCCAACCCCGAUGAAAUAGAAAUCGACUUUGAGACGCUGAAGCCGUCGACGCUGCGCGAGCUAGAAAGCUAUGUGGCGUCGUGUUUGCGCAAAAAAACACAUAAAAAGCCUUCUGGCAAGUCGAAGGAUGAGCAGAUGGCCGAGAAAAAGCAGGAGCUGGAGAAGCGCCUGCAGGACGUCACUGGCCAACUGGGGGCAAGCAAGAAAACCGCCAAGAAAGAUGAGUCCGCUUCGAACAAGGUCGAGGCAGUGCAGCCGGCGAAUCCCGUGUCGUCGAGUUCCAGUUCCAGCGAUUCAUCGUCGUCGAGUUCGAGUGAUAGCAGUUCGAGUGACUCGAGCGACAGUGAAGCAGGUGAUGGUGAUGAUCGACCGCCGCGCAAGAAAAAAUCCCGAGACUCGAAUGGAAGCAAUGUAAAUAAUCCAAGUAUAAAUGUGGUAAUGGGCGGCAACCUGCCGAGUGGCGCCCUCUCGCCGACGACCAUGCUGAUGGGUUUGGACCAUGUGGUGAACUCUAACACGCCCACAUCACAAAUGUCCAACAUGAUGGGCAAUGCCAAUCCGCUGACGGCAGCUGCCAUGCUAAACAACAACAAUAAGACAUCGCUUCCGGGUAGCAACUUUGGUGGUGCGCCCGCUCCCGGGAACAUGAUGCAUGCCAGCGGCGGCGUUCCAAUUUCGGGUGCUGCAGUUUCGGCGGCGACGGGGCAGCAGCACAACAAGAAUGGACCAAAUGACUUGAGUAAAGUCCCGCCGGGUGGCCCCAUCACCGCCGCCCUGCCGCCGCACAGUUUCGCCGGAGGGGCAGCAACGGUGGCCACCAGUCAAUCGAGCGGCGGCAUUCGCAUAGCCAGCAAUCUCCACAAGCCGUCCGGUCUGGGUGGCGGUGAUCUAGGCGAGCAUCAUGCGGCACUUGCUGCUGCCCUGACGUCUGGCGUAAACAGCACCGGCACUGCUGGCGGCGGCAAUAAUACCGGGAGCAGUAACAAUAACGGCGGCAGCAACAAUAAUGCUAAUCCACUGGGCGGAUCGCAUGGGGAUGCGAUGGCCAAUGCCUCACUGGCCUCGGGCCUCAAACAGAUACCACAAUUUGAUGAUCCCGUAGAGCAAUCGCUGGCCUCGUUGGAGUUCAGCGCAGGCUCUACGGGCAAAUCGGGGCUGACGGACAACUUCUUGAUGCAGCAACACCUAAUGCAGCCCGCCGGAACCCAGCAGCAGCAGCAGCAGCAGCAACCUUUUGGCCAUCAACAACAACAGCAGCAGCAACAGCAGCAACAUAUGGACUAUGUCACUGAGCUGCUAAGCAAAGGAGCGGAGAAUGUUGGCGGCAUGAAUGGCAAUCAUCUGCUGAACUUCAACCUGGACAUGGCGGCGGCCUACCAGCAGAAGCAUCCUCAGCAGCAACAGCAGCAGCAGGCUCACAACAAUGGCUUCAAUGUUGCCGAUUUCGGUAUGGCCGGAUUCGAUGGUUUAAAUAUGACAGCAGCCUCAUUCCUCGAUCUGGAGCAUUCGCUUCAGCAGCAGCAGAUGCAGCAGAUGCAAUUGCAGCAGCAACAGCAGACGCACCAGCAACAGCAGCAGCACCAGCAGCAACACCACCAACAACAGCAGCAGCAGCUAUCCCAGCAGCAGCUGCAGCUAACCCAGCAGCUGCAGCAGCAGCAGCAACAACAUCUCCAGCAGCAGCAACACCAACAACAGCUGCAUCAGCAGCAACAGCAGGUUGCUAACAAAUUGCUGAUUAUACCCAAGCCCAUCGAAUCGAUGAUGCCCAGUCCGCCGGACAAGCAGCAAUUGCAGCAUCAUCAAAAGGUGUUGCCGCCGCAGCAGUCGCCCUCGGACAUGAAGCUUCAUUCGAGCGCGGCGGCGGCGGCUGCGUCAGCGCAGGGCAAACUGGCGCAGGCCUUCAAGGCCAACGAACAGAACCUAAAGAAUGCCAGCUCCUGGUCCUCCCUGGCAUCGGCGAACUCCCCACAGUCGCACACGUCGAGCAGCUCGAGCAGCAACAAGGCAAAACCGGCCAUGGACUCGUUCCAGCAGUUCCGCAACAAAGCCAAAGAACGCGACCGUCUCAAGCUGCUGGAGGCAGCCGAGAAGGAGAAGAAGAACCAAAAGGAGGCCGCCGAGAAGGAGCAGCAGCGAAAGCACCAUAAGUCAUCCUCGUCAUCCUCGUCGGCUUCGGCGGCUGCGGCCCAGGCAGCAGCCGUUGCAGCCGCAACAGCGGCGGCGGCAGUGGCAUUGGGAGCUGCAGCGGCAGCGGCGGUGGCCUCCAGUGCCUCAAAUCCUUCUGGCGGCGGCAGUAGUAGCGGUGCCGGUUCGGCCAGCCAACAGGCAAUCACUGGCGAUCGCGACCGUGACAGGGAUCGCGAGCGGGAACGUGAGCGUUCCGGCAGCGGUGGCGGUCAGUCCGGCAAUGGAAACAACAGCAGCAAUUCGGCCAACAGCAAUGGACCUGGCAGUGCGGGCAGCGGUGGCAGUGGCGGCGGCGGCGGCAGUGGGUCAGCCAGCGCCGGUGGACCGAACAGUGGCGGUGGCACUGCCAACAGCAACAGUGGCGGCGGCGGACCAGCGCUGCUUAAUGCCGGCAGCAAUAGCAAUAGUGGUGUUGGCAGCGGCGGCGCCGCCAGCAGCAACAGCAACAGCAGCGUCGGCGGCAUUGUGGGCAGCGGCGGACCUGGCUCCAAUAGUCAGGGCAGCAGCGGAGGCGGCGGUGGAGGGCCAGCCAGUGGUGGCAUGGGCAGCGGCGCCCUCGACUACGGUCAACAGGUGGCGGUGCUAACACAGGUGGCGGCCCACGCCCAGGCGCAGCAUGUGGCGGCCGCUGUGGCCGCUCAGGCCAUUCUGGCCGCCUCGCCCUUGGGCGCCAUGGAGAGCGGAAGGAAAAGCGUUCACGAUGCCCAGCCGCAAAUAUCGCGCGUGGAAGACAUCAAGGCGUCGCCGGGCGGCCAGGGUCAGAGUUCGCCGGCACAACAAUCGCCGCAGGAUCGGGCGGCAGCCAAGCGAGCCGAACAGCGGCGGGCCGAACAGGAGCGGCGCAGGCGCGAAGCGUUGGCUGGCCAAAUCGAUAUGAACAUGCAGAGCGAUCUCAUGGCUGCCUUUGAGGAGACGCUGUAGGCCAAGGCCCGGAGAAAGUCGACCAACCGGGGCAUUAGCGUCAACGGCAUCACCACAACCACUACAACCACCUCAUCAUCCUCCACCUCCGGCGGCCAAUCGAAGCGGCGGACAAGGCGCCAGCAUCGCACCACGUUGGACAACGGCUUGCAAGAGCAAAAGCAACACGGCUAGGACAGCAACAACGACGACGGUUCGACACGGAACCGUCAGAGCAAACAUACAAAACAUAGAAAACAUAGAAAACACACAAGCCAACCAACCAGCAAAUUAAGGAAGCAAACAGCUAAGGUUAAAACCAAGAAAGCAAUGUUCUAAGGCGUAAAUAACAUACGUACAUUUAGUGAGUAUAUAUAAUGCAUAUACGGAUGGAGCGAGCAAAUGAAAAAUAAUGUGAAAGCCGUCAGCGAAACCCAUCCGCAGCAAUCCAGCAGCAGUAAUAAUAAUGAAAAGAAAAUGGCAAAUUUCCUUCGGUUAGCAAAUUAUUCUUCACAACUUUUUUUAAAAAUCACUUAUCAUCUUCGCUUAUUAUUCUGUAUUACAAUUACGAUUAUGAUGAUGGAUCGUGGCGACAAAGGUGUCCGCACAUGUUUCCAAAGCUUAUUAUUUUUAAUAUUAUUGAUUGCAUAGGCAAGUUUAGUUCUUAGUUACAAACAUAAUUGAUAAUGCUUAUUUUUUUUUCAUAAUUGUAUACACACACCUAUGCUUAAAGUUGUUAACUAAUUUAAAAAAAAAAAAAAAAACAAACAACAAAAAAAGAACAAACUAAAGAAAAUCGAAACAAACUCAAUUUUAAAAAUCCAACCGCAAGGGAACGGUUCAGUCGAACUUGUCGAUACACGAAUUCUUAUUAAUUUAAUUUACCGAAAGAAAAUGUUAUUAAAAAUGUAGUCCGAUCCCCAUUCCCAUGUCAUCCUACGGACCGCUAUGAGCAAAUUCAA